UCAUGAAAAUUUCGCUAUAAAUUAAAAUACUCAUCAGUCUGGUCCAGGAUCUCCUACUGUUCAGUCGCAAAGUUCCUCCCAAUCUGGUGUGUGUGUUGGUAGUUUUUUUUUAAAGAAGUGAUUUAUUGAGAAAGUGCCCAAAGUGAGGAAUCAACACGGAAGCACAAUGAAAAUUUUCCUCUUUGUCGUUCUCUGUGUUUUCCACGAAAUCUACGCUAGGCCGGAAAUUUCGUGGACUGCAGGUGGUCAUCUCGACGCUAAGUAUGGACACCACUAUGAUCAGCAUCAGGAGAGCAUUCAGGCAGCCCGGAAGGGAGCUGUAGAUCGUCUCGGGCAACUGGGUGUGAGUGAUUCCUACCUUCAGGACGUCGGAAGUGGAUCUUCCUUCUCGCGUUCAUCCAACUAUGGCAGCUCCUCAUCGAGCUUUGGAAGUUCCUCUCAUGGCAGCAGCAGUGGCUUCUCUUCCGUGGGCGAUGCUGAACUCCUUGGUGGCUAUUCUGGCGUUGGUGUUGUGUCCUACCCAUCACUCUCCUCCACUGGAUCUAGUUCCAAAUUCUCCUCAAGCUCUGUGCAAGAGAGUCGUUCUGCUGCCGCCCCUGUUCACAUCUACACACCAUCAAGCUCAUCCAGCUCCAGCUUCUCUAGCUCCUCAAGUCAGAGUGAGAAUGUCCAACAGGCUCAGCCAAUUGUCUUCCCCACAUCUGGUGGCUCUGAGCGCUUCUCCAGCCAUUCUGAGCGCAUUUCCGAAGUGAAGGCAGUUCCCCAGCCGGUGAUCCUUCCCGUUUCUGGUGGCCAUGAGCGCUUCUCCAGUCACUCUGAGCGCAUCUCAGAGGUCAAAGCAGCUCCCCAGCCGGUGAUCCUUCCCGUUUCUGGUGGUCAUGAACGCUUUUCGAGUCAUUCUGAGAGAAUUUCCGAGGUGAGUGCUGCACCACAGCCGGUGAUUUUGCCUGUUUCCGGUGGUCAUGAACGCUUCUCAAGUCGAUCUGAGAGGAUUCAAGAGGUAAAGGCCGUGCCACAGCCUAUUAUUUUGCCCUCGAGCACGGGAUCUGAGCACUUCUCGAGUCGCUCUGAACGGAUCCAAGAGGUAAAGUCUGUUCCACAGCCUAUUAUCUUACCAUCAAGUGCAGGAUCUGAACGUUACUCCAGCCAUUCCGAGCGCAUCUCUUCCGUUCAGGCACAACCUGUGGUCACAGUCUACCCAUCAGCUGGAUCUGAGCGCUUCUCAAGUCAUCAGGAGAGAAUUUCUCAGUCAUCUGCAGCUGCUCCACUUCCAAUAAUUUAUCCAAGCACAGGAUCCUCUUCUCGCUACUCCAGCCAAUCUGAACGUAUUUCGUCUGCUAAUGUUGCACCAGCUCCUAUUAUUUCUCUCCCAUCUACCUCAAGCUCCCGCUACUCUGCCCACUCUGAGUCCGUAAAUCAGGGCACUAGUCAUCCGACGUACUACCCAGUUUAUCAGCCAAGUGGUGGUUCCUCGUCUAAAUACUCCCGCCAGGAGAGCUUCCAACGCUCCGGUGCUGGUGGCGGCUACGUUGUUCCUGUUUUCCCAGAAGCAUCCUCAAAAUUCCAUUCUGAACAGCAGAGCUCUUCCUCGUCAUCCUCAGGAGCAAGUGGUGGUGCCAUUGUCUACCCAACAUACCCCCUAUACGGCCUGGAUGGAAGCCGCAUUAGCUCCCGCUAUGGUGGCUCUUCCGUCUUCCACGACAGCCACUCCGGCCUAGGGCACUACAUGACGGAAUCUGAGCGUCUGGCUCGUUUGCAAUCACAGUCAGUUGGCGGAGGAGCAGCCCUCUCUGGUAGUUCCACCUUCGAAGCUGAUGCUUUCCACGAUAGCAAUCUCCUUGGAGCAACAGCUGGUCUCGGAGGAAACACUCGCUCAAAGUCCUGGGAAAGCAGCUCCAAAUGGGAGUCCGGAACUCAGUACGACGCCUCCGGAAAGCCAAAGACCUACGGAAUGCUCUCAACUGCUGAGUCUGAGCACCACAAUGUCGAUGGGAAGACAACUGGCUUCAAGGCAGCCACAACAACUGUUGAGGAUGAUGGAAAGCUCAGCACCUACAGCAUCCACACUCCAUAAUUUUUUUAAACUAAAAGAAUUUGAGAAAUAAAUUCAAUUUUGUCGAAAUUUUCUGUAAAAUGAAAUUCUUUUGAGAAAUAAAACGCUGCCGUUUUUUAGAAAU